AAAAAGCAAAGAAAAAUAGUGAGAGGUUAAGGAAUCUUUUCCUGCCUCACAUCUUUUUUCACUGUGGGGUUAAAAAUCCCUCCUUUUCAUGCAAGACCAACUUUUAAUUAUCUAUUUUUACCUCCUCACUUUCUCUUCUUUUGUUUACCCUUUUAAACACACCAACUCUCUCACAUUCACAACACUCUUCUCUCUCAACUCCUUCAUCUUCACGAAGCUAAUGGACUUCCUUCCCCCAGUCAAACCAGAAAGUGUGGAGGAGAUAGUGUUGAUGGAAUACGAUGAAGAGGACAACCAACUCGAAGCUGAGUUUUGUCCCGUUGAGCAUCCUAUUGAACCGGAAGAAGAAGAUCGUCCGGUUAAAUGUCCCGUACCAAUCUCAUCUGCUCUCAUCCACAAUUCUACGGAGAAAACCAAACCGGGCUGGGUUAAACACAGAGCCAGCUGCGAAACUCCAGUUUAUCCACCUCCACGUCAUGUCCGCAACGUAAGAAAGAGACGCAACUCGUUUGUCGAAGGAGACAACAGUUUCUUCACGAGAUCUAUGUUCUCAACAUCAACUCAUCAUGAGGAAGAAACCACAUCUCGAAGAUCCACUGCCACAACAAUCUACCGAGUUUUUCAACAAGUUCACGAGUUCGAGCCUUAAAAAAAAAAUCAACCCUUUGAGUUGUUUUAUUUUUUCGCCAGCGAUUGCUUUUUAGUUUUUGUUGUGUUUAACGUAGAUCGUCGUUACGUAGUACCAAGUUCUCGGUAUAAGUGUUAUAUUAUUGUUCGGUGUUAACCGGCCCGGUUAGGUACGGUUCGCGCAGAUAUAAAAAUUUCUAUUUUCGUGUAUGUAAAUGCGGGGCCGAAUGUAGAAUUUGGGCUUUCCGGGCAACAUUUUCAAUCAGUAUUAUACUAAUGGCCCAUGCUUUAUGAAGUC